UCAGAGUAUCUCGGCUUUUGGACGAACCAUUCUCUUUACUUUGAUGACACCAUCCAAGCCAAUCAAAGGCAAUUCCAAGGUUGUUCGUAGUGUUGAAGUAAAACUUGAACCAUGGCUGAUUCUGUUUUCAAAAAUGUGGAUAGUGCACCUCCCAUUCAAGUAUUUCAGCUAACCAAGUUGUUCACUGAUUCAACCGAUCCCAAAAAAGUUAACCUUGGUGUUGGAGGUAAAAACUCAACUUUAGGCCGCUAUUUGACUAUAUAUUAUUAUAUUUAUUUUAAUAUUUAAAUUUAUGUUUACCUUUGCCUUUAUUUAGUAUUUAUAUUUUAUAUUUAUAUUAAAUUAAGUAGAAAGUACUGACAGUCUACUAAUUAUUAUUAUGCUGUAAUAACUUUGUAUGCUAUAAUAUAAGUUAUAAUUAUAAGAAGCCUAGGCCUAUUCCUAGCCUAUUUUUUGGUGACCUCAGUCCUUCGCCUUCACAGUGACAAUGACAAUGGACUAAUGACUAAUGUGACAUGGUCAUGUCAUGGUGUAGACUGCUGAGGACGAAAUCCACAAGGCCUGGGCCUGGGAUUAUUCUUCUUCUAGUUCUCUACAGCAAGUCCCUCUCUCCAACCUGCUGGAUAUUAUAUAUAUAUAUUAUAUAUAUAUAUUAUAUAUAUAUUAUAUAUCAUGUAUACCUAUACUAUAUAUAUAUAAUAUAUGUAAUAUAUAUAUAUUUAUAAUAAUACUAUGCCUAUAUAUAUAUAGGCCUUAUCAUAGCCUAGGCCUAGUUAUAGGCUACAACUACUAAAGUUAUGAGUUAUGGCAUAAGUUAUGGUUAGGCCCAUGCUUACACUAGCUUAGGCAAAUAUUUUUACAUUUUUAAGCGAACGAAAAAAAAAUUGAACCGGGGAACUCAACUCUCUAAUGUUUAGUCACAAGCAAACAAUUGGGUAAAUUUAUACUCUCCGCACCACUCAUUUCUCAGUGUUUUUGCACUACUUUUUUUUCCCACUCACAUAGCUGCCAUGACGGCAGACAUGUCAUGGCAACCAAGAUGGCGGCUGUGUAAAAAAUAGUAGUGAUAAAAUGUAAAUUUACAUUUCGGCACGCCAUUUAUUUUUCACAAACACCAUCUUGGUUACCAUGAAGGUUGUGAAAAAAAAAUUGUGCAAAAAUGUGUCUGCUAAAAUGGGGAGGGGAAAGAGAGAGAAUGUGCUGUUUUAGCUACGAAAAUUAGGAACAGAACGAUAAAAUAUAAUAAAAUAAUGUUUUUGCGAAAUACUUUCAAACCUAUAGUCUACUACUAAUCUAAAUACUAAGUCAGUAUCCCUAGUUCAAACGUAAAUUCUCUCCUAACUUUAGUCCCCCCUGAAGUGAGGGUAAAUUUACCUUUAAAUCCCCCCCCCCCCCCCCCCCCCCCCUAAGGGAGGGUAAAUUUACCUUUAAAACCCCCCCCCCCCCAACCCCCCUCUUAAGCAUAAAUUUAGCCCCCAACUUAAGCAUAAAUCUUAAAACCUAAAAUCUAUGACCCAACACCUAAUGUGAACCCUUAAACCAUGUUUUCAUGUGCUACAGUUACAAAAUGUACUGAAAACAUCUUAAAUUUGAAGAAAAAGCUUUAAAUAAUUUUAAAAAUUUUUAAAAUGAAAACCCAACUUACAGUUGUUGUUUUUUUCGGCAAUCCUCCGAAGUCCGGUCCCAAAUUAUUUCCAAUGAUAACUCCUUACUUAAAAGUCUUGGGCAUCAUUCUGUUUUGAAAUUCAUGUUUGCUUUAGUGGACGAUGUUGGAUGGAGGUUGUCAGCCGCCGAGAUGCACAAACACUCAAACUCGAGCGCAUUAUUACUAAUCAUGUGUUAUCAGGGGACAACUAUCGUCACGGACGCUUGGCGAGGAUAUCAAAAUGUUGCUCAGUUCAACAACGGGAUUUAUGCCCACGCUGUCAUUGUGCACGCGCGUGAAUUUGUUGAUCCAGUAGACCAGGACGUUCACACAGAAAUAAUUGAAGGACUUUGGAUGCAAGCGGAACGUAAACUCCGCUAUCAGAGUGGUUCUACUCGCGGUCUGUUUGCCAGCUACUUGGGGGCCUUUCAGUGGCGCAGCAGUCACAAGGAGAACGUUUUUGGCUGCUAUUUGCAAAUGCUAUGCUCCAAUUACAAUAUUUAGUAUUUACUGACUGCUUUGUAAAGUGACAGUUCUUUGCAAAAGCUAUGACUGACAUUUUUGCUGUUUUCUAACAAUGCACAAUGUGCAUUGCAAUUUUUUUCAUACAAAAUAAUUUGGGACCGUACUUCGGAGGAUUGUCUUUUUUUCUAAUACUUAUACACCUCUACACACUUUAAAGCAGGUUGCACCAAAAAUAAAAUCCAAAAGUUGUCGGAAAAAAUCAAUACCCAUUUAAAAAAGAUGGUCAGAUUUAGCCUUGUUUUAAUUAUUAUAAAUAACCACCCAAUGAAAUAUUAAUUUAAAACAUUCCAUUGCCUUAUUAAUUAUAAAAAAAAGGAAAGUUAACCCUAAUAAAAAUCCAACAAUAAACAAAAGGGAGAUAACCCUACACAGAAACUCAAAGUGGUGCUGAACUUUCAUUAGCCAAACAUGUCUGCUAAAAUGGGGCGGUGUAAGGGAAAGAAUUUGUUUUCUAACUACUUACCGAGAGAAAUUUUUUAAAUAGAAAAACAUUGAAAUAAGUAAGUUUUUUGAAACUUGCAGUGCAUAAAAAUGAUAAUCUUAAAGAACAUUCAAUAAAUGUUUGGAAAAGGGGAAACAUUCAACAAAUAAUAAUGUAAAAAAUUAAAAAUCAGCAUUUUUAGAGUAAAACGUUCAAGCCUAUAAUCUAUAUACUUUAAUAUAAAAAAUAUAAUGGGUGAUUGUGAAGUAUGGUGUAGUGAGCGUAUAGUGUAGGCACUUAGGCUUUGGUAAAAAUUUCAAAAAUUUGUAAAAAUAUAAAAUACUAGCAAACACCAUGUAAAAAAAUUAAGCCAGAAUCAACUCUCAAUGGAUAUAAAAUUAACUGAAGCUUAUAUUUAAAAAAAUACAAUAAAUAUAUAUUCUUUUUAUUUUUCCUUUAUAAAUAAUAAUUUAUCCAAUUUUGCAGUUUAUAAUAUUUUGAACUUACCUCCAAUAAAAUUUCCAAAAUACAAAGUUUUAAUGUUAUGUAAAAAAACAAAUUUCCAUUGUGUUGUAUGUUGCAUUGAGAAUGUCACCUAGGAAAUUUGAAAAUUAAAAAGUUGUGUGCAAAAUAGGGCACAAAUGUGGAACAUUGGUCACAUGUUUUUGUCAUUCAAUUAUUAAAAAUAUAGAUAAAUAAGCAGCUUCAAAAUUUUACCAAAAAAUCUUAACUCCAUAGAAAGUUGAACUUUAUGUUUUUGUAAAGCUUAGCUAUCCCUUUAAAAUGAUGUAUUGUUUAUGACUAAAGGACAAAACUUUAAAUUUCUGUCAAAAUAUUUACUGACUGAUAUUUUUAUGGAGAAUUGACUUGUCCAAUCAACAGACUUUUCAUUAUUUUUAUGUUAUAAUUAUUUAUGGUUUAGGUUAAAAAAGAAGAGACCUAUAGCAUUGGCCCAUUGUCUUUUGUUUGUAUAGAUUUUGCACUAAGUGCUAAAAAAUAAACAGUUAAUUUAAUACCUAAAGGUACUUUUACCAUUAAAGAGGGUUUCACCUGUGUCAGCAGAAAUGUAAUAUAUGCGAUUGUUUGCCGUAGAUGCCAAUCAAGUUACAUAGGGGAAACUGGGAGAAGAUUGGCUGAUAGGUUUACUGAACAUCUAAGGGAUAUUGAGCAAUGUAAACCUUCCCCGGUCUCUUCUCAUUUCAACCAAAAAGAACAUAAAGGUGCUUUGGAUGUAACCAUUACGGCAUUGAUUUCAUGCAGUAACACACCAGAUAGGGUUAAAAUGGAAAAUAAAUUUAUUCAGCUGUUUGGCACCAUAUCUCCAUAUGGUAUUAAUCAAAUAAUAUCCUACUGAUGUUUCUCCAUUUCCCUAUAUUUCAUCUAUUUUCUUAUUGCUGUUUGUUGAUGUAUCCCUUGAUAUUCUGGCCCAUUAUUAUUGUGGACUUUAUUUUUCACGGUGUCAAUAUUUAUUUUCUCUCGCUUCCUGUUUUCCCACUUCCGGAGAGACGAAUGAAUACUGCUUGAGUUUUCUACUGUGUUCUUUUCUUUGUUGUAUUUUCAUUUCUAUUGUUGGCUGAUGAAGGCUUUAUGCCGAAACGUCCUUGUUUUUUGUCCUGUUACCUUAUUUCAAGCUUCCACAUACCUCGUUUCACCAUUUCAUUCUUUUACAUAGCUUGAAAGCAGUCCCUUCAUUUAUUUAAUUUAAUAGGGCACUGCAACUGACUGAAGAAGCAGAGGUUUUUGCCCUUUUUAAGAUUUUAUUUGAUGAAACGAAAGUAGUGACAAUCUUUUCGGUUUUCUCUUUUUUGCUGGUAAACUAAAUGCGUCUGCCUGUAAUGUUUGUAAUGAAUGAAAGCAUUUGUAUAGGGAGUAUAUUUAUGUAUCGUGUGGAAAUGACAUUUAACAUUAAUAUUGCAUACAAAAUAACAAUGCUUCAAUUAGGGGUGUGCCGGAAUCCGGUCCGGAAUCCGGUUCCGCCGGAUUUUGCACUAUCCGGUGAAAUCCGGUUCCGCCGGAUUUACAUGUAUCCGGAAUAUACCGGAUUUCGGAAUUUGCCAGAUUUUGUGACUCACCGGAUCAUAAUCUGAAAUAAAAGUAAUUCUCUUUCCCGAAUUCCACACGAUCACGAUACAUUAAUCGAUUGUUUCGAGCGUAGCCAGAUUUUGUGACUCACCGGAUCAUAAUCUGAAAUAAAAGUAAUUCUCUUUCCCGAAUUCCACACGAUCACGAUACAUUAAUCGAUUGUUUCGAGCGUUGAGCUUGUUUAAUGUUUAAUAUUCCGAACAUACCAGAGGCUAGAGUCAGCACCACUAAUAGUGGCCAAUAGUGUAGGGACUUUGAUAAGAAAAUUUAAACUUUUUGUAAAAAUAAACCAAUGGCAUAGUUGAAAAGAUGUAAUUUUUUAAAGAAUUAUAACACCAAAAUCAUAUUUUUAGCUGUUGCAGUUUUAAAGUUAUGAAUUUUUAAAGUACGACUUGGUUUGUCAUUUUUUAACAUGGACUGCAUCUCCACAUUCUGUGAUCUCAUUCCGCCAAUACCGUCAUGCGCAAUGACUAUAUAGUUUAUAUAAGGCAACGCAUUCCCUGCCUUAUCACUAAAAUCACUGUUUAGACUUAGUUUAAACUUUCAACUUUGGCACAUGAAUAAUUAAUUAAAGCUUUCCCUGACCAAUGGUUUAAUAGUUUUUGCACACGGCAAACUCUUAUGAAUGAAACUCUGAGGUAGUACUACGAUACAGUUAUGCAAGUGGCUGUGAAUGGUUGCCAAUGACAACGUGUUGCACACGGUAAAUUCUGAUCAUUUAUAAUAUGGAUUCUACCGGGUUGUUAAAGCUCAAAUUAAAACAUUCCAGUUUAAAUGUCUUUAAAUGCAUUCUGAAACACAAGUUAUCAAUUAUUUUGAUGUAAAUAGUGAUAAUAAAUUAAUAUUUCCUAAGUAUCGUCAACUUCCGCCAUUAAAAAGGGGGGCGUGGCCAACCCCAUGGCGAAAUUAGGUUGAGCGAGCUGCAUAACCUGCUGCGAACGCGUAGAAACAUGGCGUCUCUCGUAAGACACUUAUCCAAAUGGAACGGAACUCAAAUAUAUAUCGAAAGUACUAAUUUAAUAAUAAAUAGACACACACAUCGGAAAAUUAAAAACUCGGAUUUUUUGGCGCCGAUUGCGAAUUCCCAUACACAAAAAGUAGUAGUCCACCUUGACUUACCGAAGUAUCUACCAAUAGUACCAAAAUCCGGAAUCCGGAUUAUUCCGGAAUCCGGAUUAUUCCGGAAUCCGGAUCCGGCGGAUUUCGCUUAAGAAAAUCCGGAUCCGGUUGGAAAAAACGGAUCCGGCACACCCCUAGCUUCAAUUAUGAAGCUAUUGAAAUAAAAUUGUCUACAUUAACCAAUAGUGUCCAGCUGAAAGUAAAGAAAUUUUUUCAACAAUAAUUUCCCAUCAAAAUAAAUCAUCUCCACAUUAAAAAAAAAAUUUGACAAAAAACUACUGUGGCCAAAAUAUUGCUCAUACAAUUAAAUAAUUAAUUUUUAAGCUAAAAAAUGUUAUUUUCAAAAAAAAAGAACAGAUAGUGUCGUGCUGAAAUUAAAUUUAAAGAUAUUUGAUUAAUUAUUAUUUCCCAUUAACAAAAUUAACUCCACAUUUUAAAAACAAAACUGAUAAAAAAGCCAUGUGCAAAACCACCUUUGUAAUUCUUUGCACUUGUCGGUAAAGAACGAUAACUCUGGGGACCAGGAAAGUAAUAAUUCCAAUUUGCAUAAAUGUAUAAACUAGAGUUAAUGCUUUUGAGAUGGUUAAGGCACUUAGGGUGACCAUAUUUUCAUAAACAUUUUAAUUUAAAACCAGGACAUUAUAAAUCAGUUUUCUUACCAUGGGUGUCAUAAAUUAAAUAUUAUUUGUUAUUACAUGGAGAGCUCUUCUGUCAGUGAGUUGUUGUUUUGAAAAAAAAUUAUCUUGAUGCUAUUAGGAUGAAUUAUAUUUCUUUUAGUCGUAUCAUUGAUCUAUGCAUGGAUAUCAGAAUAUGUUAUCUAACUUUUGAUAAAUUAAAAACUAAUAAAAAUUUUAAAAAUGUUUAGUCACAAACUACUCGUUUCAGCUGACAUCAAAUCAGGGCAAAGGUCUAAAAACCAGUACUGUCCUGGUAAAACCAGUAUGAAUGUUCAUCUUGUGUAUGGUGAAGUCAUAAGCUAUUAAAAUGAUAAACACUUCUUAGAAAAAUUACAAAAGGUUCAAAACUCAGCUGCUUGGCUAAUUCUAAAGGCAAAAAAAUUUGAUCACUUCACAAAACUACUUCAUUCAUUUCAUUGGCUCACAAGCACGGAUUGACUAAAAACUUUCUGUCCUCUGCCACAACUUUAUUUAUUUCUGUCCCCAAUACUGGCACAAAAACGUGGCAAAAAAUGGAAUUCUCUUCCAUAGGGCUUGUCAUUUAAUGGCGGAAAUCUAUUAAUAGAACUGAUGUCACCAUUACUGAUCAUCCGGGUACUCAGCGCGGACAAAAUGUCAACACUGUUCAGUAUUACUAUGUUAGCGAAGUGUCCCUGAAACUUGUUUACAAAAUCCGGGUACUCAGCGCGGACAAAAUGUCAACACUGUUCAGUAUUACUAUGUUAGCGAAGUGUCCCUGAAACUUGUUUACAACUCUAUUUUACGAAAUAUUUUACACAUUUUUUUUUUACUUCUGUUUUCUCAAAUGCGACUUCAUUGCGUGAACGUCAUAUGUAACAGUAACUCUAGAUACAAGGAUCGCCCGAACGAUAUGCUGAAACACACUAUAAGCUGCCAUGUUUUAAGCAAUAUUUGUCCGCGGACCUUCUAAAAAUAGUAUGCUAUGACGUUUUCCGGUCUUAGAAAUGACAAAGCCUAUUACACAUCCGCAAUAUACCAACCAUCACAGCCUUCAAAACUGCACUCAAAACAUCUUUUUAAACUCUACCUCUGACCGAAAAACGAUGCUGCUGGGUGUCGUCCAUGGCUCAACAUGUAACUAGUUUUAAAUAUAUAUUUGUUUUGUUUUAUUUAAUUAAUGUACGUUAAUUAAUUUUUAAAGUUUUUGAUUAUGUUUGUAUAAUUGUAUGUACAGCGUGGUGAGCCAAGCCCUAGGCUUGGGUACGACGUACAUAAAACCUCUUAUAAUAAUAAUAUUAUGUUUAUCAUAUAAUUGAAAAUUGUCUAGUUUUUUGUGUGCAAUUUUCAUUUCAAAAUGAUACAAAUAUUUAAAUGAAAUUAUCCUUUUGAAAAAACAAUAACCAGAAAUAAGUGUUUUCAAAAUUUACAAUAAGCAAUCUGAUUAUGGUUUCACUUCCUUAAUGAUGGCCAAAAUCUAAGAAAAUCUAAAGCAAUUAUCUGAUCAAAGUUUAUUUUAAUUGCUUUUUUAGUGACAUGGUUGUAUAUGGACUUAAUGGCAUAUCUGAACAUAUUUCAAAAUUAUUUUACAGCUUACAGAACUGAAGAAGGUAAGCCUUGGGUUUUACCUGUUGUUCAUACUGCAGAACUCCAGAUGGCAAAUGACUUAACUUUGAAUCAUGAAUACUUACCUGUUGCUGGUUUGCCAGAUUUCCGCAUUGCAGCAACUCAACUUUUGCUAGGCUCCAAUCAUACAGUUAUAGCUGAAAAUAAGGUACAUCUUUCAAGCAAUUAAAUUUGUGAACUAGUUAUUAAAUGUAAAUGUGUUUCACUGCGAUAAAGCUUUCAAGUGGAUUAAUGAGACAUAAAUAACUUGUACAAAUAAAACAAUAUAGGUUGGUUAAGCUUUAAUUUUGGUUACACAGAAUACAAAUUCAAACAUUUUUGCAAAUGACUCCAUCAGUACAAAUUACAACAGAAAACAUUCAUAUAAGUAUAAAUUAACUUUACUUAAUAUAUAUAUAUUACCUAAAUAUGAAAGAAAAGGAAACAAUAAGAUGUAAAAAAGAUAUUGACUCCACGUUGACUCCAUACGGUAUAAACCAAAUUCACAAUUUUACAUAGUUGCAAUGUCUUUUUCCUUUUUGGUUUUUAAAUGUACAUUUUACUUCCACCCACUUAAUCAUUAAUAAAUGUAGAAUCACUUUGUCUUCGAAUUUUUAUUUUUGUACAAGUGCAUAUUAAUAUUUUACAGGUUGAAAGCUUUCAAGCUCUUGGGGGUACUGGGGCGUUAAGAUUAGGAGCUGCCUUUUUAAAAAAUGUGAUGAACUUCAAUGUUGUGUAUGUAUCAGAUCCCACAUGGGGUAAGUUGUUAAUAUAAAUAUAACCCAUCACCUUUCCUUUGUAAAUUCAUUAUUUGUUAAUGGAGUUUAUAUUUUGAAAAAAAUAAAAAAAUGUAAUUUUUUGUAUGAACCUUAACCAUUCCUUGCUGAAUUUGCAGUCCAGCAACUACUGACUUUAAUAAAUACGAAACCCAUCACAUACUACCUUGUGCUGCAUAUUAUUCCUAUUUGUGGUGCCUAGCAACCAAACACAUUCUAUACACAUCACUGCUUAAGUUAACUAUUAUUCUUACAAGAAAAUCACCCUUCACGUUUUAAUCUACAUUUUACUAAAUUAUUAAGGUUUUCCAUGGCUUUGAGAAAUUUAUUGUAAUGGCAAAUGUAGAUGAGGAAACUAUCUAAUAAAAGAUUUUUAAAAAUCUGCUAUCAACUUUAGACAAUGUAAUUUAAAUUUUAUCUUACAUACAAUCUUAUUUUUGUCAUGAUUAUUUAAUUUCUUUCCUUUUAAUACUGAAUUAAAUCUCCCCUUUGCUAUUGCUACAUUUUAGUAUUUUCACAUCUGGAUAGACAUAAUCUUUUAAAUAAAAAUAGCUUGUUUUAAGUCUGAGUGUCGUCAGAUUUUGAUUAUUUUUACAGUGGUCAAUAGCAAUUUUGUUGAAAUUGACUUAAAUGAUGACUUUUAUAGCAAUUUAAAUUUAAUUAGACAUAUUCUUCGGUUAAUUAUCCCAGCUGUACUAAUACAGUUUUCUGUAUUUAGAUUAUUGAAAGGAAAUACAUUUCGUUAGUCUUGACAAAGUUAUUAACUUUACUGAAAUUUAUAGUGCCUUAUUUUUCACCGUACCGAGGAAACAUUCAUGUGAUGUGGAUUGUUUUUUUUGGUGUUUUUUUUUUUUACCAUAGGCCCUAUGAGGAUAUAAAGAUUUAAUUGGAAUUUAAAAUAAGAAUUACAUAAACUGAUUUGUAAUCAUGGUUAACUACUCAAAGUAGUUUCUACAGAACAAUGCUGUAUUACUAUUAAUGAAUGGUCUCAUCGAAACCGUCACACAGUUUCUAAAUUUAGAUAGCCUGACAAUCUCAGUCUUAGGGCCAAAGAUCAUUUUGAACUUCAGCUUCUUGUUGACAACAUUGAAUUUAUUGCACUAACAUUUAUGAUUUUCAAAUGUGUGUUACCACUGUCGCGUGCAAAAUUAUUUCUUUUCUAAAUUCAGUAAAAACAACUGUACAGAAUCCUUAUCGAAAAUGUUUAAAACCCAUACAAAGUAUGGAUAAACUGUACAAGUUGGCUUGUAAUCGAUUCAUUUGAAAAAUGCAUAGUUUCUAAGCAGAUCUGAGACAGGUUACUUCUGACAACUUAUUUUUUUCGGUUUUUAUUUUCGUAUAUUUCUUUACAUGGCUUUCAUUUCUUAAUUAAUGUACAAAGUAGAUCUUAGGUCAGUGCUGUCCAACGUUUUUGACUUUGUGGGCAAAGAAUUUUUUUCAGGGAAGCCACAGGCCGCACAUGACAUCUCAAAAGAAAUAUUUUUUAAAACUUUCAUUACCUGUAUUAAUACUUCUUACCUUAUCCAUAAAGAAUCAUAUAUCAAAUAGCUUUAUUGGCUCAUUAAGACUAUCAAUAAAGCGAAUAAAAAUGGUGGCAAUAAUUUAAUGAUAUAAUAUCUAGCUUUGAAUUGUACUUCAUUGUUUCUUAAUUUUAGCACCUGUCUUCAUUAGAUUUUCUAAAUGUUCACCAGUCAAAGCGUUACAUUUUCUGGAAUAAAAAUUAGUCUAUACAUAGAAGAAUCCAGUUUCACUUACAUAGUUAUUUCUAAAGACACUGUCAAUGUUUUGUUACAACAAUUCCAUAUUUGUGGAAAUUCACCAGAUGAAACAUACGUCAUCCAAAAUUCAUUUGAACAUGCAUUCUUAAAUUUGUUUAUAAAAAUAAAAAAAUAUGUUCAAGAAUCAUUCACUGUCUCUCACAAUUCCUCCCUGACUGAAUUCCACUAACUAAAAACAAACACAGCUUGUAUCAUACUUUUUACUUAUUUAACAUCUCAUACGCUGAUAUCUGAAUACCAGGUACUUGUCCCUAACGUUACAACAUUACAGGAUGGACAUAAACUCUCCCACACCUGGCUAAACUACCGGUUUAAAUAUUAUGGCAUCAUAAAUUGUCCACACUGCCCACUGUAGUAAUUUUUUUACACAUUUAAUAUCCCAACUCCCAUCUCAGUUACUCUGACCCCAAGCCUUUCCUGUCAACUUUCAUCUAACUUGUUGGGGGGAGGGGGGGGGGGUUUGUUUGACAUUUUUAAGAUGACCAAAUAGGCAAACAUCAAGUUACUUUUGGCUUCCCAAUUCAUCUUUCCAAACACCAUUUUAUCUGAUACCCCUCGACACAUCCCCUGUACAAGCAACAGCAAGAAGGAUAAAACAUUAUCAAAUUUCAUGUCACCCCAUGUUAACUCUUGUGACCUCCCCCUUUUCUUUGUUACAACUUCUCCUGUGCUCUCACAUGAUUUCCCAACAAUACUGAAUCAAUGAAUGUAGUUUUAAAAUAUGUUCACCAAGAUAUGUUUCAUUUUUUUACACACAUCAUACAAAUUUCUCCAACUGUGGCUGGCCAUUUAAAAUCAAGUCGCAGGUUGGACAGCACUGUCUUAAGGUAUUUCAUGAUGUAGCAUGUUCAACACUGUAUGUUCCAUGAAAACAUCUUCACUUAAAUAACAAUCCUUUGAGAAACUUUCAGUAUCUCAACAUAGUUAAAAGAGAAAUACAUUCAACCAUUUUUUAAAAUGAUUUUAAAAAAUCUAGCCCAAGGUUUACUUAUUAUAAAUGUAUAAUAAGAAAGGUUUAAGAAAAUUGUAUAAGCAAGGCUAAAAAAAAUAUGUUUAAUUCAAUGUUUGUCUACUUAGAUUUAACUACCCUUAAUCAGUUAUUGUGUAGCAUAUUAAAAUUAAUUUUUUUCAGAAAAUCAUAAAGGUGUCUUUCAGGCAGCUGGUUUUUCUGAUGUUAGGUUGUAUCGGUACUGGGAUAGUGAAAGCAGAGGUCUUAACUUCAGAGGAAUGUGUGAAGAUCUUUCAGUAGGUAUUAUUUCCUGAUCAAUCUAUUUAUUUACUAAUAUGCUCCAGAUAAAUAAUUAAAGCAAUGAUCUGAUGAUUGAAAAUUUAGCGCAUCAUUCAUUAAAAUGUUUGUUGUCAGUUCAUCUCUUUUAAAUACUAUUCAUUAAAUUGACUUUAUUCAGAAUGCCCCAGAAAAUGCAGUAAUUAUCCUACAUGGGGUCGCUCAUAACCCAACUGGUAUUGACCCCACUAAAGAACAGUGGGAGGCAAUAGCCAAUAUUUGUAAGGUGAGUGCUAAACAAAUAAACUUAGGAGUAAAUAAAUUCGUGUUCAUCAACAGGCUUGACCAUGUACAAGUUUGAAAAGUCUUGUGAUAAAUAGAAUAACAAUCAAAUCAAAGGAUCUAAUUGUUUGCUCUUUCAAAUACAUUUAAUUGAAGAUUUGUUAUAUUUAUUUAGUAUUCCUUCCUGAAAUUAUAUUGAUUUUGAGAAGUUUUUUUGUUUGGAAAUUUUAUUAUGAUGAUUUUAUGAUAAUUAUUUCAGGAGAAGAAAUUGUUUGUCUUCUUAGACUGUGCAUACCAAGGGUUUGCUAGUGGAAAUCUUGAUGAAGAUGGAUGGGCAUCUCGGUAUUUUGCUGAUCAGGACUUGGAUUUAUUUGUUGCACAAUCAUUUUCAAAGAACUUUGGUCUUUACAGUAAGAAAUUAUUUUUGACAGGCGUACAAUUUUUUAAAACUACUUUAAUUACUUGUGCUAAACUCUAUUAAUUAAAUUGUUAUUCAAAUUCAUUAAUUAUAUUUACACAACAUAUAUGUUGUACAGUGGGCUUUGAUGAUAAUAUACUAACAACUUACACACAAAUUUGUGGAAAGCCUGUUUAUCAUAUUUAAUAUUUUCUAUCAUUGAGGCUGUUAUGAUCUUGCUUUUUACAAAUUUAAUCUCGAUGGAUAUUGUGUUAAAUGAGCGGCUCACUGCUUAAAUUUUCCCUAUGUGUUUAGUGAAAUAAUAUUGCUAAUCUCAUUGAUUAAUGACACACAAACAAUUUGUGUAAAUGAAACAAUUUUGUGUUAAGCUUUAAUUAUGGUUACGCAAAAUAAAAGUUUAAACUUUUAUAAUCUCUUUGAACUUGUAUUUUUUAUAAGUUUGAACAAUGUAAAUUUAAAUUUAACACAUAGCUGCUUACUUGAAUGCAAAAUGGAAAAAUUAAAUGCAGAUAAAUCUCUCUCUGAUUGAGCUCAUGGUAUGUGAUGAAACAAAAGAACUAUAUGUUCAUAAACAGUAAUGACCAGUUGAAAUGGGUUCUUUUUACCAGUACAUAUGGGAAAAGUUUCCUCUUUAUAACUCUGAAUGGUGUACAAGAUUUUUUUAGACACUAAGAUUAACAUUAUAUUGUCACCAGUAUUAACAUUAUAUUAAUUAAUUUAGUCACCAAUAUUAACAUUAUAUUCAGUCACCAGUAUUAACAUUAUAUUAAUUAAUUCACCAGUAUUAACAUUAUAUUAAGUCACCAGUAUUAACAUUAUAAAAAGUCACCAGUAUUAACAUUAUAUUAUGUCACCAGCAUUAACAUCAUAAGUCGCCAGCAUUAACAUUAUAUUAAGUCACCAGUAUUAACAUUAUAUUAAGUCACCAGUUUAUAUAUAGUGUACCAGUCACUCAAUUACUUGGAAAGGAAAAUGUCAGUUUUAAAGUGUUAAAAAAAUAUAAUUUCUUUAAAUCCUAGUUCAUUUUGAUUCAUGUUCUCCUAUUUAAUAUUUUCUGUAAUACAUUUAUUUUGUGAUUGAUAGACGAAAGAACUGGCAACCUUGUUGUGAUUUCUAGGGACCCUAAAAAGCUAACUGAAGUUCGAAGCCAAAUGGAAAUACAGAUAAGAAUCAUGUGGUCUAAUCCACCUAAUCAUGGUGCAAGAAUUGUCACUACUGUUCUAAAAAAUUCUGCUUACUUUGAAGAGUGGUAAGUUAAAGUACAAUUUGCUUCCAUAUAUUUAUAGUUUCACUUAUAAAUUUUCUUUUUUUUUGUGGGUAAAAAAUAAUAUAAUUGAAUUGCAAGCUUAUGAAAGUUGAUGGUUUUGCUUAAUGGGGGCAAUGAUCUAAAUCUUUAAGUUAAAAUAAUUUUAGUUACCGGUCGAUCAAACCAAUCAACUUUUGAAUUUAUUUAAUUAUCAUUAAUAAUAUCUUAUUCAUAAGGAACUAUAUUUAUAUCAUACAGGAAAGGUCAGAUUUUAAUAAUGGCUGAUAGAAUAAAGAAGAUGAGACAGGAAUUGUUAGACAAUUUGAAAAAGCUAGGAACCCCAGGCAACUGGGACCAUAUUACUAAACAAAUUGGAAUGUUUAGUUACACUGGCUUAACAGGUUUGUAAAUGUUAAUGUGUUAAUAUUUGAUUGAGUGCUAGUAACUUAAGAACAUCAGUUAACUGACAACAAGUAGAAGUGUGAGAAAGUUUCACAAGACACAAAUGUUCACAAAUCUGUUGCUAUAUUUUGGAGUAAAUGAAUGAAAAUAUAAUAUGUAAAGUAGUUUUUUGUAAUUUAAAUUUAACCUACAAAAUAUUUUGGAACUAUAAUCACCUUUUUCAAUAUUAUAAUUACUUUCUUUGAUGCUGCUCCUUAGUGAACCAUCCAUAAAUACUUGCUUUCUGUGUCCCCAAAUUUUAGUAAUUAGUUUUAGUGUCAUGAGUUUUAAGAUUUAAAAACGUUACCUUAGACCAUUAAAAAUAAUAUAUAAAUAAAGAUGAAUUUUAUUCAGUCAAAAGUUACAUUUCGCUUGAAGUAUUUAUUAAAUGUUAUACUAUACAUCCUCAGAAAAACAGGUUGAAUACCUGAAAAGCAAGAGUAUUUAUCUACUCAGCAGUGGGCGAAUCAGCAUGUGUGGCCUAACAUCCAAGAAUGUGGAAUAUGUGGCCAAAACUAUUGAUGAAGCUAUCCGGGCUUACCCCAGUAAUUAGAUGUUAUUUAUUUUUAGGAAAACACUCUCUUUAGCUCAGAUUUCCCUGGUUUAGCUUGACAUCCUUUUUAAAAAUUUCUCACCCAAUAGACGGUUUAUACUUAUUUGAGUUAUUUAUUUUGAAUUAAUUGAAUUGAAUUAAUUCUUCUUGUGCUUAUUAACAAAAAAAUGUACCGUAGCUGAUAUAGACCAUUGUUUAAACUGCACAGAUAGUUUUUAUAAAUUAUAUAUUGGAUAUAUGCCAAGAUAAUGCAACAAAUGAUUUUUUAUACUCUUUUUUUGGAAAAAAAACAAAACUUAACGAUUUCAAACUGACAUGUACUUACAUCCUAGUUUGUUUCUUUUAAUCUCAACAUACUUCAUAAAGCAAGCGUUUGAUUGAAAUCAAAGCAGUAAAUAUUUGUAAAUAAAAAUCUUGUUCAAAUCAAAAUUUUAACUUAAAUUAAUUAUUGAAGAUAAAAUGUUAUUUUUAGGCAAUGGUUUUGGCAUAUAUUCCAAUCCUCCAUCAGCUUAUCAUCCUAUGAUUAGAUGUAUAUAAGGAGCACAAAAUAUUUUUAACUUCAUGGUGUUGUGUCCUAAAAUGUUCAUAAACAGAUAAGGAAAAUACACAUUUAAAGUUAUUUGAGCUGUUAUAAUCUUUAUUUUUAACGGUGUUAAUCUUUUAUACAGGAUCUGUGCUUUGAGCACUUGAUGCCCACUACCAGUGGCACAAAUGGAAAUACAGACUCUAUUAAACAUUACCUAUUUCUUACUCAAAUAAUACAACCACUGUUAAUGAGAUCAAGAAAUGCAUUACCAAAGAAAACAGAUUAAUCAUAUGUAUUCAUCUAUUUCAAUCAGAGCAGUAAUGAUAUUUUAUAAAGGACAUAAAUAAUGAACACUUUUGGGCCAGGUGUCAACAUACUUUUUUUAAACUUAUCUUAAUAUACUGAUACAAUGUGUGUAUGAAGUGUAUACCAUAUUUUGAAGGUAUUGUCUCAUAACUUGUUAAAGUUUAAUAAUCUUACACAAAAGUCCAUCAAAUUUAAGUUGUCUAAUCAAUGUCAUUUAUAGCAGUUUUACAUUUCUAUGUUAUCUAUUUAUUUAGAAUAUUUUUCAAAUCAUGUAAUAAAGCGCGGUGGGGGGAACUAAAAUGUUGGUCCAAUUUAAUGGAGUGUUUCUUUCUGUAACAACAGCACUCAAAUUGACCGAUAAUGCUGGGCAGCCAGGGCCUGGUAAUUAUAAAUUUUCAUGUUAUUUAAUUAUAUUUUGGGUGUUAUUAAACUUUUUACUAGAUUGAAUGUCGAAUCACAUAUUUCAUAUUUGGUACUUUUCAUCAUUCUUUGUAAAAAAAUUAAAAACUAUUUUUUCCCCCAACAAACAUUUAGUGUUUCAUACAUAAGUUUAACAAUGGAAACAAUUUUUAAAAAUAUAAACCAAAAGAUUAGCUUUUAAACUUACACCCUAAAAUAAAAUUAUUAUAUACAACAAAAAUGAAAUAAAUGUUGUAAUUUAGCAUUUUUAUAAUCCAUUUCUUUUUUAAUAUGGAUAAACCACCUCAGCUAUAAAAUUCUAAAUCACAAAAAUAAUAGUUGUUAAUAUUUUGCUGAAUUUUCUAUACCGUUUGAGUAUUAAUUAAUGAAUUUGCCAGUUAAUUAAAAAAAUAUUUUACAAUAAUUAAAGUUGGUGUGAUAUUAAUUUGUUUACUGGUCAAAGCAUUAUAUUGUGCAAAGUAAUUUAAUUUAAUUGCUUAGUGUUAGAUAUGGGUUAAGCUUAAGCUUUUUAAAGUUGGACCUACUUUUAGGUUAGUUUUUUAAUUUGUUACUAAAAGCUCAGGGUGUUAAUUAUUGUAAGAUAAACUAGGGUAAAGAGUGUCUUAUGAUAAUCGUGUCAUGGAACUGUUUUUUUGUGUGAUCCAAAAUAAAAUAAAAAAUAAAAACCCUGCAUAUUUCAAGAAUUGUAUUGAUUAUUUUAUUGUUUUAAAAUUGUUAUUCAAGUUGCACAUCCGAAUUUCUAUUUCCUUAUUUAUUUCAAAUUACC